AUGCGGCAUUCGUUGACGCCUGCUCUUGUCUUCCUCGUGAUAUGUCUAACAGCGCUCGCACUGGCCUCUUCGGGAGACAAGAGGACGGAGUACACAGGUUGUGUUUCCACUUGUCAAGUAGAACGUUGUAACCCCCAAACAUCCCUGGUUCUUCUCCUUUCCUUGAGGAUGACAAGAUGGACGUGCACAGACGAUUGUAAAUAUCUCUGCAUGCACGAACUAACAGAUCGGGACGUCGCGUGGGGCCACGACAUCCAUCAAUAUUAUGGGAAAUGGCCUUUCUGGAGGUUUUCAGGUAUGCAAGAGCCUGCGUCCGUCGCGUUCUCCAUGUUGAACCUCUGGGCCCAUGCGGCAGGAGGGAUGAAAAUUUGGAAAAAUGUACCGGCAUCGCACGUCAUGAGGCCGUACUACCUCAUCUGGUGCUUUGCAAGCAUAAAUGCCUGGGUAUGGUCGUCAGUUUUUCACACCCGAGUAGACACACCCAUCACCGAAAAACUCGAUUAUUUUUCUGCGGCACUUGCUAUUCUCUACGCCUUGUACUACACUACCAUUCGCCUUUUCCACCUCUACCCUGCCCCUGAACGCUCCCGGCCCUCAAACCCCGCAAAAUCACCAAUGAAUCACAAGCGGAAACUUCUAUCGAUCCUCUCCAUCUUGACAUAUCUGGGCCAUAUUUCCUAUCUAACAUUGCUACCCAGAUUCGACUAUGCUUACAACAUGGCGUUCAACCUCAUCCUGGGAGUUCUUCAUAAUAUCUUGUGGACCUUAUACCCCUCCCGUCCUAAGUCCUACCGCCCAUCAUUUGUGACAACUGCGGGUGUAUUUGUCGCUUUAACAACGCUAGCAACAUCUCUAGAGUUGUUCGAUUUUCCUCCAUGGGGGCGAAUCAUAGACGCUCACUCAUUGUGGCACGCAGUAACGGCUCCAAUCGCCUUUUACUGGUACAGCUUUUUGGUUGACGAUUCUCUUGAUCCCAGCUGGCGUGAGCACCGCGCGUAG